ACUUUGAUAGUCGUGUGCAAACUCAAAUAUAUAUUUUUUUGUUGAUAAUUUUUUUUUUCACUAUGAGGAUCAUAAAUCAAACUAUGAAAAGAAAGCUUGCCAUCAACAGAUUAGCUAAAGAAGUAUUUCUAUACAAUUGAUAAAUAUUAUUCAGGAUGUCUUUCUCCACACAAACACCAACUAUUGUUGUGUUAAAGGAAGGUACUGAUUCCUCUCAAGGAAAGGGUCAAAUUUUAAGUAAUAUUAAUGCGUGUUUGGCAAUUCAAGACACGUUAAGACCAACCCUUGGACCAUUUGGUUCUGAUAUUUUAAUUGUAUCCUCAAACGGCAAAACCACCAUUUCCAAUGAUGGUGCUACUAUCUUGAAAUUAUUAGAUAUCGUUCAUCCAGCAGCAAAGAUGUUAGUUGACAUUUCACGUGCCCAAGAUGCUGAAGUUGGUGAUGGUACUACAUCUGUUACAAUUUUAGCAGGGGAAUUCUUAAAAGAAGCCAAGACAUUCAUUGAUGAUGGUAUGUCAUCUCAUCUUAUUAUCAAAGGUUUAAGAAGAGCCAAUGAAUUGGCCAUUCAAAAAAUUAAAGACAUAGCUGUUCAAAUUAAACGAGAAGAUGGUUUUGAAUUCAGACAAUUAUUAGAAAAAUGCGCUACUACUGCCAUGUCUUCUAAAUUAAUUAGUAAGAAUUCAACUUUCUUCACUAAAAUGGUAGUUGAUGCUGUAUUAAGUUUAGAUCAAGAAGAUUUAGAUGAGAAAUUAAUCGGGAUCAAGAAAGUUCCAGGUGGUGGAAUGGAAGAUUCACUUUUCGUUGAUGGGGUUGCAUUUAAAAAGACUUUUUCAUAUGCUGGUUUCGAACAACAACCUAAACAAUUCAAUAAUCCAAAGAUUGUCAAUUUAAACGUUGAAUUAGAAUUAAAAGCUGAAAAGGAAAACGCAGAAGUAAGAGUUGAACAAGUUAAAGAUUAUCAAGCUAUUGUUGAUGCUGAAUGGCAAAUUAUUUUCAAUAAAUUAGAAGCCAUUGCUAACACUGGUGCUAAUAUCGUGUUAUCAAAAUUACCAAUCGGUGAUUUAGCUACUCAAUAUUUUGCUGAUAGAAAUAUAUUUUGUGCUGGUAGAGUUUCAAGUGAAGAUAUGGAUAGAGUUAUUAAAGCUGUUGGUGGUAAUAUUCAAUCUACCUGUUCUAAUAUUAAUCCUGAAGAUAUAGGUACAUGUGCUACUUUUGAAGAAGCUCAAAUUGGUGGAGAAAGAUAUAAUUUAUUCAAGGGAUGUCCUCAAGCCAAGACUUGUACAUUAGUAUUAAGAGGUGGUGCUGAACAAGUUAUUGCCGAAGUUGAACGUUCAUUACAUGAUGCUAUUAUGAUUGUUAAACGAGCCGUAAGUCAUAGUGAAGUUGUUGCUGGUGGAGGUGCUAUAGAAAUGGAAUUAUCUAAAUAUUUACGAGAUUAUGCUAAGACUGUGGCUGGUAAACAACAAUUGAUAAUAACUGCUUAUGCCAAAGCAUUAGAAAUCAUUCCAAGACAAUUAUGUGAAAAUGCUGGGUUGGAUGGUAUUGAAUUAUUGAAUAAAUUAAGAAGUUCUCAUGCUAAAGGUGAACUUUGGUAUGGUAUUGAUUUCCAAAAGGAAAGUAUUGGAAAUAAUAUGAAGAAUUUCAUUUGGGAACCUUCAUUAGUUAAGAUAAAUGCUUUAUCAUCUGCUACUGAAGCAGCUACUUUAUUAUUAUCAGUUGAUGAAACCAUAAAGAAUGAUGAUUCACAAGAUGGUGGAGCUGCUGGUGGUAGUGCUAGAGGUAGAGGUGCAUUUUAGUUGUGUGUAGAGGUGUCAAUUUAAAAAAAAAAAAGAAGAAGAAUUAUUUUUAUUUUCUGUUGUUAUAGAAUCGGAUAGUCUUGUAUAAAUAUAAUGAUAAUAUAAAUUAUACCAAAUAUUGUUAAGUU